UUAUCGAUAUAGCCUUUGUAGUUUGUAGUGUUUUAUGACUUUUAUCUAACAAGAACAACCCCUGAAUCCUAAAGCCCUAAACCCCAUACCUCUCUUUUUUUUUUUCAUAUUUAUCCUAAGCGCUAAAAGGACUAAAACCCUAAUAGAAACUGAAAAUUUUGGUUAAAGAUGCAGCACGACGAGGUCAUAUGGCAGGUUAUCAGGCACAACCAUUGCAGUUUCAUGUCCAAAAUUGCCACUGGAAAUUUCUGUAGAAAUCCCUAUAAUGUGACCGGGAUUUGUAACCGGAGCUCGUGCCCGCUUGCUAAUAGUCGCUAUGCCACCAUUCGUGACCAUGAUGGAGUGUUCUAUCUUUAUAUGAAAUCCAUAGAGAGAGCUCAUAUGCCAAACAAAUUGUGGGAGAGAGUUAAGUUGCCCAGAAAUUAUGAGAAGGCACUUGAGAUUGUAGACAAACAUCUGAUGUAUUGGCCAAAGACUCUUGUGCACAAAACAAAGCAACGGUUGACCAAGAUGACUCAAAUGCGGAUACGCAUGAGGAAGCUUGCUUUGAAAACAAGGGAGAAGAUAAUGACAACACCAAGGAAGGAGAAAAAAAGAGAAGCUAGAAGAGAGGAAAAGGCUGAAAGGGCAGCAGCACUGGAUAAGAGCAUUGAAAAAGAAUUGUUAGAACGUCUUCAGAAAGGAGUUUAUGGUGACAUAUACAACUAUCCUGUUAAAGAAUACAAUAAAGUUCUUGAUAUAGAAGAGGGGCAGGCUGCUAGUGAAGAUGAAGAAGAGCUGGAGCCUGAGAUAGAAUAUGUUGAGGGUUAUGAAGAACUUGAACUAGAAGAUGAUAUAGAAGAUUUUGGUGGUCUUGCUAUCGCUUGGUCUCAGAUGGACGAUGGCAAUGUUGAAAUGGUUGGAGAUGAUGAAGACGUUGAGCCAUUUGCUGGUAAGAGAGUGGGGAAGGAAACUGCCCCAGCUUCAAGAAAGCUUGCGAAAGAUGAACCUGAUGCCAAAUUGAAGAAGAGAGCAAGGGUGCUUGUUGAGUUUGAGCAUGGAGAUGUUGAUGAAAGAGAAAAGGCUAUCUUUUGCACUGAGUGCUUGUAGCAUAUUGCUUCACUUGUAAAGUAUCCUUUUUAUGGGGUCAGAUGUAAGAGAAGGUAUCUUAUGCAUUGGAUGCAUGCAUCCUCCCUCUCAUAGUGUGUGAACCACACUGAUGAAAUUUUUGUGGGUGUAGAGUAUGUUUCAAAUCUCAGUGGGCAAAGAAAGAAAGUCACUAAAGGAGACGAAAUUUUGAUAGAUAUCUCAUGAUUGUAGUUGACAUAUUUUCUUAAUCAUAGUAGUUUCCCUUGAUUUUAUAUAGUUUUCUUAUAGCUUUUGGUUCUCUUCCUCUUUGUGGGAGAAGGGGCUGUACAAGAGUAGCAUUCUUGAGUCUUUUCUAGUCUUGGAGUUUUCGUUUAUGUUACCUCUUCUCAGAAAUUAAUGAAUCUUGUACCUGAGUUAUUUGCUUUUGAAUGAGGCCAUUGAAAAUGGAUUAUUUAUUAGUCACACUUGUUUACUUCAA